CUCACAGUAUGUCCUCAUGUUUGAAGCUACUUAUGUUUGGUUUCUGUUGGAAAUUAAAAAGAGCGGUCUUUCUGAGUAUACUAUGACAUGGAAUUGCUUAAUUUAUACGUGAAGAGACUUUUGGAUUCAUGGACAGCCUUGCGCCUUGGACUGAAUCAUGAAUCCGGAGGCCCAAAUACCCAUCGAAAAGUAACUGUUUUGUACGAAAACUUACCUGAAUUAAUUUCAAAAGUAAAGUGCGAAGAUGAAAUUAGUGACUUCUUGGAAGACUAUUUGGAUGAAGAGUUGAACAUAAUUUGUGAAGACAACUCGCACGAAGAAGUUGGCCAUUUGAUUUAUCAAGCACUACAAUUAUAUCGAAAUAAAAGUUUUGCCGAACUUCAAACUAAGAUUAACGCACUAACAACAGGCUGUGAUCUUCAGCAGUGCGAAGGGCAGGUAAUCCCGGCAGAAGAAAUUGAUAGUUUGUCUGGGACAGAACCAGACUCCGAAAGUGAAAACGACAUCGAUAUGGACUAAGAUCUUCACCUUACAACUGAAUAGUGUGACUAUAGUGUACGUAACUCUAUGAUUUUGAUUUAUACCUUUCUUGCUGUG